AUGAUGGAGGCGUCUGCAAAUCGAAUUUGGUUUGCCUACGUUGCAGACUACAAGUCGGUGCCAGCAUACUUGAAAGACCGAAUGGAGCUUCAACUGGGUGGCUAUGGCGUGGGGUAUCGUGGCAUGUGUCGCUUCAGGUCGGGUCCUAUUUUUGUGCAGCCAGUGAUGAAAGGCUUUGACUACGCUUGGACCUUGGACACGGAUGGCUAUUUUCCUGCAGAUCUCCACUCGGAUCCGCUUGAGCGAAUGCUGCAAACUGGCAGGUCUACGGCUAUUCACAUGUGUCAAGAGACCAGGCUUCUGCUGUCCAGCAUUUCUGGGAGUUCUGUCGCUUGUACUUUGAGUCCAAAGGCAUCGAUGCAAAGGCUACGAAGAUGA